AUGGUCCGCUCGCUGCAGCACGGGCACGGCUCAGACCGGGCGGGAGCGCGCGCGCGUGCCUGGUCUGAGAUGGUGCAUCUCACCUUUCUGCUCUGUGGGCUUUUCACUUCCUGGCUCUCAUUCCGGGUUUCAGGUUCCAGUUCCUCUUUUGGGGUGAUCCAGUCUCCACCCAGAAUCUCACUAAAUGAAGGCGGUUGUGUUCAGAUCUCCUGCUGCUGGAACAUCAGCAGCUCUGGAUUCAAAACCAAAUGGUUUCAAUACAGCAGAGUUCUGAGUAAAACACACGUCAACACAACAAUACGUGACAACUGUUCCACGUUAUCUAUACCAAACGCUGCUGAAGAUGAUGCAGGAUUUUAUUAUUGUGAGGUGACAAAGGACAUUCCCAAACUGCUGAAGGUGAAUGGAACAGGAACCCAUGUGACAAUCCAGGGAACAAACGAUCUUAAAGGAACAAAAGUGACGCCCGUGAUUUCGACUAAAGAAGAAGAUGCUGAACAGGAUUCAGACGAACUCGUGAUUUUCAUCUUUAGAUGUGUUCCCGUGGUUACGCUCCUGUUAGCGGUGUGCUACCUGAACCACGACCUGAAAAAGAAACCACGUGAGACACCAGGUUCAGAGAAUUCAUCUAACACUAACAGACAGGAGAGAGAUGUGGAGGAGCAAGGUGAGCAAGUAGGACAAGAAGGAGACGUGGAAGAGCAAGUUGAGGAACUUGGACAAGAGGGAAACGUGGAAGAGCAAAAUGAGCAACCAGGACAAGACAAAGCUCUGGAAGAGCAAGUUGAGUCAACUAGAACAAAAGGGAAACGUGGAAGAGCAAGACAAACAACUAGGACAAAAAGAGACGUAGAAGAGCAAGUUGAGCAACUAGGACAAGACAGAAACAUGAAAGAGCAACGUGACAAACUUGGACAAGAGGGAAGCGUGAAAGAGCAAGGUGAGCAACUAGGACAAGAUGGAGACGUGGAAGAGCAAAGUGAAUAACUGGAUCGAGGAAGAAAUGUGGAAGAGCAAGCUGACGAACUAGAACAAGACAGAGACGUGAAAAAGCAAGAUAAGCAACUAGGUCAAAACUGAGACAUGGAAGAACAAGGUGAGCAACUACACCAAGAAGAAGAUAGACAGAGACAAGACAGAGACUUGGAGGAGCAAGGUG